AUGCUGCAGUUCCACAUGCACGUGCCGUCGGAGCACACGUUGAACGGCGAGCACCUGGGCGGCGAGGUGCACUUCGUGCACAGCAACGCGGACGGCUCUGCGCUGCUGGUGACGGGCGUGUUCUUCAAGGCCGUGCAGGGCGCGAGCGACCCGUGGGUGGUCUCCGUGCUGGACGCGCUGGACAAGACGAGCUCGAACGCGACAGCGUCGGCAAGUCUGACGUCGUACGCCGACCUGGUGAACAAGGCCGCGGACGCGCAGGGCGUGUUCAACUACGCCGGCAGCCUGACGACGCCCGCGUGCAGCGAGAUCGUGGACUGGUGGGUGGUGAAGAAACCCGUGGACGUGUCGACGGCCGACCUGGAGCGUCUGCAGUCUCAGUUGCGCGAGCUGCACAUCACGGACGACGGCAAGAACGCGCGUCCGGUGCAGCCGCUGAACGGCCGUGUCGUGACGGCGUUGCUGUAG